AUGUUCUCCAAGCAGGCUGUCGCUCUCGCUCUGGCCGUGGCCACCGCUGAGGCCGCCUACCAGGGCUUCAACUACGGCUCUACCAACGUCGAUGGUAGCUCCAAGUACGAGGCCGACUUCAAGACCGAGUUCCAGACCGCCAAGAACCUCGUUGGCACCGACAACGGCUUCACCAGCGCUCGUCUGUACACUAUGAUUCAGGGUGGUACCACUGCCGACCCCAUUCAGGCUAUCCCCGCCGCCGUUGCUGAGGAUACUUCCCUUCUCCUCGGCCUCUGGGCCUCCGGCGGCAACAUGGCCAACGAGCUCACUGCCCUCAAGGCUGCCAUCAGCGCCUACCCGUCUUUCGGCGACAAGGUUGUUGGUAUCUCCGUCGGCAGCGAGGAUAUGUACCGUAACUCCGUCACUGGCUCCAAGUCCAACGCUGGCCCCGGUGUUGAGGCCGAUGUCCUCGUCGAGUACAUCAAGGAGGUUCGCGCUGCCAUUGCCGGCACCAGCCUGAGCGAUGCCCCCAUCGGUCACGUCGACACCUGGGACGCCUGGACCAACAGCUCCAACGCCGCCGUCAUUAACGCUCUUGACUGGCUCGGCUUCGAUGGCUACCCUUACUACCAGACCACCGACUCCAACAGCAUCGACAACGCCAAGGCCCUGUUCGACGAGUCCGUCGCUAAGACCAAGGAGGUCGCCAACGGCAAGGAGGUCUGGAUCACUGAGACCGGCUGGCCCGUCAGCGGCCCCACUGAGGGUGAGGGUGUUGCUUCCACUGCCAACGCCAAGCAGUACUGGGACCAGGUUGCCUGUCCUCUUCUCGGUGAGACCAACACCUGGUGGUACAUGCUCGCCGAUUCCGGUGCCUCCCCCAGCUUCGGUGUCUCCGACAGCACCUCCAACACCACCCCUCUGUACAGCCUCCGCUGCAACACCACCAGCUCCAGCUCCAGCUCUGCCGCUUCCUCCUCCUCCGCCACCGGUUCCGCUUCCUCCUCCGCCACUGGUUCCGCUUCCGGCAGCACCACCGACUCCUCCUCCGGUUCCACCAUCACUGGUGCCGGCAUCGUUGCCGCCCACAACGGCACCCGCGCUACUGGCUUCCACUCCACUGUCUCUUCCACCCCUCUCGUUUCUGCCACCAAGGCCGCUAGCACCUCCGGCUCUUCCUCCGGCUCUGGCUCCGGCUCCGGCAGCUCCUCCGGCUCAGGUUCCUCCGGCUCCGGCAGCUCCUCCGGCUCAGGUUCCUCCGGCUCCAGCGCUAGCUCCGGCUCCGGCACCAGCUCCGGCACCUCCAGCUCUGCCUCCUCCUCCCCUGUGUUCAACUCUGCCACCCGCUCUACUGGCUCUGCCUUUGGCGCCAUUGUUGCUGCCAUUUUCCUCGGCAUCGCUAUCUAA